AUGACACCGGAUGCAGGAUUAUACGGCGAUAACUUCAUCCGAUGUCCCAAAUCAAUGUCCACUAUGAAUUCGCCUCCAUUAAGCCUUUCCAUUUUUAGGGAACAUCAUAACCCUAAAAGCUUAAUCUUUUUAAGACCUGAGUCAACACGGCCGAAGCAGCAUCCAUUCAGGAGCAGCUGCCUACAUUGUGUCCCCUGGCGAAAGCGAUAUCGUGUUUCUGGUCAUGAUGACCUUCUAUCUACUCUGCUCAAGAAUUGUGAUGGGUUUCGUAGUCAGUACCUGUCUAGCACAUUUGGGUCUGUCUGGAAGAAUCAGAUUGUCCUAGACAACUGGGGUGAGUCAGUAAUAAUGUUCAAUUUCAAAAAUGGUACUCUCAGUGAAUGUAGUAACCACAGAAGUGUUACUUUGACUCCUGUUGUAACAAUGCUUCCGAUCUCACUCAUUCUUCCACAGAAGGCGAAUCCUUGGCCCAUAAGCAUCAAGCGGGAUUUCGAUCGUGUAGAGGCUGCGCCGACUACAUUCUCACACUCCAAGGGUUCAUUCGAUUCUGUCGAUCUGUCUACCGAUUGUCUACCGCGACGAGUGUUGUUCUGUGCCCCUUUCGAAAUGGCGGAAACCGCGAGAAGAGUGCGGAAGAGAUUACGAAAAGUUUGGGUGCUGUUGGUGUUGUACGCCUUCCGGGAUGGAGUUCCCGUUACCCCGCCUGUGCUUGGCUGGAGACCUUGGAAGAAGUGGCGACUGAUCGGCAUCUAUGGCAUUCGCGUUGCCAUUUUCCUUCCGGAUUGUGUGACUGAGUGCUUGGGGAUAUUAACAGCUGCACAACCUUUUGAAUGGACAGCAUGCCAAAUAAAUUACUGGUACGCUCGGUCAAUUCUGAGGAAUUUAACAACUGUGUUUUCUAUAGAGAAGAAUGCCGGUAGCUCAGGUAGCGUAGAUGGUCGUUGGCUUGUUCGCUGA